CAGGAGCUGCUUGCGGAUAAAGGGUCCGGUCCGCAAGUCUGCUCGGAGGUAGGCUUGCAGAAUGAGCCGGGUUGUUGCACUGGGGCGGCCCGGGGUGUCUGCUCUCCGCGGAAUUCUCGGUCUGACUGCGACAUUGCUUGCGCCCAGACUCGGCACCUGUGCGGAGAAAGGCUACUGUUCAUCAAAUGUUAAUGAUAAUGAAGUGCUGAAAGCAAAGUUGGCUGAUGAAGCAAGGAAGAAAUAUGGAGAUCAACCACCUACAUUAUUCUCAAAAAUCAUUGAUAAAUCGAUUUCUGCUGAUAUUAUUUAUGAAGAUGAUCAGUGCUUGUCUUUCAGAGACGUAAAUCCUCAGGGUCCAGUUCACUUUCUUGUGAUACCCAAAGUGCCGAUACCACGAAUUAGUGCCACAGCAGAUGAUGACAAGGAGCUUCUGGGACAUUUAUUGAUAGUGGCUAAAAACCUUGCAAAGAAAGAAGGGCUCACAGAUGGCUACAGAGUGGUGAUUAAUGAUGGAAAGAAUGGAGCACAGUCUGUGUACCACUUACACAUCCAUGUGAUUGGAGGUCGUCAGAUGGGCUGGCCCCCUGGUUAGAAGAAUGUGCGACAGAACUGGUCUCCUGUCACUGUGAUCUGAGUUAGUCCUUCAGUCUGUUAAAUAUUUUAUUGGAUUUACUUCUUAUGGAAAUAAGAUUCUGACCAGAUUAGAAGACACACUUUACAAAGUAAUGCUGAAAUUGUAUCCACUUGCUUUUAAAAAAACGUUCUCAUAUGUUUUAUCACUUUGUAACAGGAAUCCUGUUGCUAUUACAUUUAAAGCUGCAUAAUCACCAACCCUUCAAGUUUCUGUAGGUUUAAGAAAUACAAUAAAAUAAUAUCCAGAAAAUUAGAGAUCUGAAAAUGGGGGGCACACUUGCCCACAGUUAGGACAUCACCCUCUACUUAAGUUAUUCCAAAGCUGUAUUCUCACCUUAUGUGUGAAUGUUUCAAACAAGCAAUGCAGAAUCAACUGUAGAAUUAUCACUGUUUGAUAUAAUCCAAUAGAUGUCAUAAACUUUCAUGUCUUGAAGGAAGGACUCAGCCAGAAACGUUGACUGUUUAUUCAUUUCCAUAGAUGCUGCCUGACCUGCUGAGUUUAUCCAGCAUCUUGUGUGCAUUGCUUUAAAUUUCCAGCAUCUGCAGAAUUUCUUGUAUUUAAAGCUUGUACAUCCUGACUGGAGAGUUGUUGCCAGCCAAGGAGGCAGCAAGCAAUAAACAGAGCAUGCCAGCAGCCUGAUAAUGGAGUCAAGCUACUGUAUUAAACACCUGAAGCCAUACAGGACUUACUCAUCACAAGACAGUUUGCCUAUAUUAUUACCACAAAUAUCCACAGGCAAUUGUGUUUGCUCUUGACAAGGUCAAAUGGCAGAGCAAGGGAGAGAAGAAUUGUACCCCCCGAACUGCCGUGAACCAGCUCAGAACCUAAAGGCAGAUGGCCAAAAACUGAUGUGCUAUAAUGGGACUAUGCUAUAAUAUCCGAAGCCUGAGAACAACCUUGCGUUGCUCUGUCUAUGCACUGCUCAGGGAUGGGCCAUGCAGUUUGGAAUUGAGCAGAGGUGAAUUCAUGAGCUCAGCCUUGUGGCCAUCCAUGGAAAGUUUUACAAGUUUGUUGAUUGACACAAAAACAAUGGGUUCCUCUAAAUUACUCUUGUCCCGAGACAAUGUCACAAUGAUAAAAACAAUGUCCUUGUUAAAUCUGUAAUAAAAUCGCAAAUUUAUGUCCUGAUUAUGGACCAUUUAGGAGUUGUUGUUUCAUUUUAUAUUUGAACUCUCCAUCGAUAAUGUUGAGGAAAGUCACAGGCCUGUACGUCUUCACAGGCUGAGGACACACUAUAGAAUGAGAUGCAUAUGGAAGAUUAUCAGCUGAAUGACUGUAACAACUGCAUCUCAUGCUUAGUGUUUCUUUCAUGACAUGUUAGCAAUAGUUUGGUUUCCAGUUGAAAUGGUACCAUCACUUUGAAUUAGCUUUAAAGGCAUUUUAAAAUGAAAAUCAAGAAUAACUGCGUUACUCUUGCUGUAAAGGUGAAAGAAUUGAUUAAAUCAUAUUGAAUGAGG